UUCAGGCCCUUUAGCUGCCUCCCAUGCCCACGUGUGUGACAAUACAGAAAUCCUAUAAGUCAGUUGGGAUGGCAUUGCAAUAUUUUUCACAGAGCUUGGAAUAUAAAGUUUAUGGCCAGCAUCGAUUUGACAUGGGAAAGGAGAACACGUAAGAUGGAGCAUCGUGGGUGAAGCAGGUCAUGAGUGGCGAGCACGGCGCUGAAAGGCAGCUCACUCAGAACGCUUUCACAUACACGGCAGAACCGACAAUGUAUACAAAUGCAAGAAAAAACUGUCGGCUUACUUUACUCGAGCCACAUGAAGACACUGACACCCAUCCCAGAUUGUGCCAUGGUGAAACUAGAUGGACAGAAUGUGGGACUUUGCAAUAAAUGAGGUGCUGUUUAGGUAUAAACAAUAUCACGUGGCUUUAGUGCAGCUAUACUGAAAUGCUGUACAUGCACACAACGGCUUAACGUGAUGUUUUUAGUUUUCCUACAUGAUGCCUCAUAGUAUACUGCGAGCUUUGCCACAGUGUUGCUCACCUUAUUGUGGUGCCUGAAGUCACCGAUAUCAUCUAUAAUAAGGUGUGCUCAAUUUUUACGUCAGAUUCUACUUAAUUUUCACAAGUAAUGAAGAAGCAGCUCCCAUUUACAGUAACACCAAGAUGCAUGUGAAAGAGGAGACACAUGAGGCAGACAUGAAUAACAAGGAGAUGACGACUGUAGGCAUUAAGAAGGAGGACUGGGAAGGAGAGACUGUCCACCCCAACCAGGGGAAUCUCUGCAUUAGGGAUGAGGAAAAUGAACUGGUAACUGUGGGAAUGAAAGAAGAGGCAGAGGACAAGUCAAUCAGCAUUGAGACGCACAAACAUAAAAUCAUGGAGCACAUCAACGUCAAGUCGAGAUCUGAAUCAUUACAGUCUGACACAGAGACCACUGAGGAACUUUUGCCAGUUGGAACUCAUGAUGAUCAGCCACCACCGACACGUCAGUCUGAAGAAAGAGACAAAAUUCAUUGCUGUCCUGAAUGUGGCAAACACUUCUCUGUCCGGAAAACUCUCCUGGGACACCUCAGAAUUCAUACUGGAGAGAAGCCGUAUUGCUGCCACGAAUGUGGCAAGCAAUUCUCUGACAGAGGUCAUCUUCAGAAACACAUAAGGAUUCACACUGGAGAGAAGCCCUACUGCUGUUCUGAAUGUGGCAAAAGAUUCUCUCAAACCACCAGUCUUCAGACCCACAAAAGAGUUCACACAGGGGAGAAGCCGUAUUGCUGUUUGGAAUGUGGCAAAUGCUUCAGUAACAGUACUACUCUUCAGAGCCACGCCAGGAUCCACACUGGAGAGAAGCCAUAUUGCUGUUUGGAAUGUGGCAAACAAUACUCUCGCAAGAGCCAUCUUCAAAUACACAUUAGAACUCACACUAGAGAGAAACCGUUUUGUUGUUCUGAAUGUGGCAAAGGAUUCUGUCGCAGGAGUAACCUUCUGAGUCACUUUAGAAUUCACACCGGAGAGAAGCCAUAUUGCUGUAGUGAAUGUGGCAAACAGUUUGUAGGUAUGAGUGGUCUUAAGAAACACUCUACAGUUCAUACUGGAGAGAAGCCAUUCUGCUGUUCUGAAUGUGGUAAACGCUUUGUGUGUAUGAGCAGUCUUAAAAAACACUUUCAUGCUCACACAGGAGAGAAGCCAUUUUGCUGUUCUGAAUGUGGCAAAGAGUUUUCAUUGUUGAGCAGUCUUAAGAAGCACUCUGUUAUUCAUACAGGAGAGAAGCCAUAUUGUUGUUCUGAAUGUGGGAAACGAUUUACACAACUGAGCAGUCUUAAGAGACACUCCUCAGUUCACACAGGAGACAAGCCAUUUUGCUGUUUGGAGUGUGGCAAACAAUUUGUGCGCCUGGUCAGUCUUAAAAAACACUCUGCAGUGCACACAGGAUAGAAGAAGGGAGCCCUGAAGGAGGACAGUGGUGGGUGAAGAAGGAAGGUGGAGGAAGAAGUAAAACAUAACUCCUAACCGUUUGAGGCUCGAACAUUACCUUCACAUGUGGGGCUUCAUUGUAUAAGAUUGUCUAGGGAAUUUUCUUUUAAAUAAUUGCUGAGAUCUUCACUGCAAUGGUUCUGAUUGACAUCUUUUAUUACAACAGGCCUGAGAGAGCCCUGCCAUGUGGACAAAGAAAGAUUAGGAUAAUUUUCAUAUCAACUGUACAGUAUAUCAACACAGUGACAAUAGUAUUGCCAUUCAUACACCUUACAGUAUGGUUUUUAAAUAUUUUAAGGGAAUAAAAUAUCUAGAAAGGU